CAAGGACAUCUCAAACAAUUUCAUCAAAUCGUCUGGUGCCGAGGCUAUAGCUGAGAUGUUGGAGGUGAAUACAACACUGAAGACAAUAUCUCUGUCAGGAAACCAGCUCAGUGACAAAGAUGCCUUACUGUUCGUUGAUGCCCUGAAGAGCAACAUAUCUCUGACCUCACUCGACUUCAGCAAUAACAACUUUGGGGAGAUGGCAGGUGUCUAUAUAGGGGGCGCUCUGGCAGUAAAUGAUAGCUUGCAUGACCUUGACCUCAGUUGGAAUUCUAUAAGAGGAAAAGGAGCCAUAGCUGUAGCAGACGCAUUAAAUAAAAACAACACUUUGGAGGUAUUAGAUCUGGCCUGGAAUGGUUUUGGGGUGGCUGGGGCCUCUGCCCUACAACAAGCCAUCAGGGUGAACACCAAGCUUAAGGUGCUGGAUCUCAGCAACAAUCGACUGAACAAAGAGGCAGCCAAACAUCUCUGUACGGGGAUCAGUCAAAACUUCGGCCUCGAGACAUUGCUGUUGAACCUCAAUCCUCUGGCAGACGACGGUAUAGAACUCAUUCUACAGGGCUUAGCACAACAGCAAAGUUUACGCUACAUUUCACUUGAGAACUGUGGGGAGAUGAAUGUGAACCCUGCCAACUACAAGAAGAUCAAGGAGAUAGAAGAAUCCAGGGAUAUCAGCAUCCUCCAUGGUGGAAUGGGAGGAUAUCAGAGAUACUCCUCCCAGGAAAGUGUCCUGCGUGUCCUGUCACGGUUUCUUCGGGAGCACCGGUCACAGCUCACCGAAGCAUGCAAUCUACAGGACAAGGACAAGAGUGGAAUUCUAUCUACAGACGAACUCAAGGUCGCCUUCAGGGAGGCAGGACUCCGACUCACUAAUAAGCAGUUGAGCUUGCUGAUAGAUGACAUUGACUCACGACAUACAGGAAGUGUACAAUACGGUGACAUUCUCAGUGGGAAAGCAUUAGGUGAAUUCUAUAACAGGAAGCCCUCCGUGAAUGCCACAGUAGCCACAACCUACAGUUCUAGACCACGCAGUGGCCACAGCAGCUAUGGACAACAUGUCACAGUGGCCUAACUUGAUCACCCGAUAACAUAACAUGUCACAGUGGCCUAACCUAGUCAGCUGGCAAAAAAAUGUCACAUUGCCUAAAUAAGUCACUGGACAACAUGUCACUGCAGCCUCAAUUAGUCACCUGACCACAUGUCUUGGUGGCUUAACUCAGUCACCUGACAACAUGUGUUGAUGGCAUAUCUAAGUCACCUGACAACAUGUCUUGGUGGCAUAACUAAGUCACCUGACAACAUGUCUUGGUGGCAUAACUAAGUCACCUAACAACAUGACAUGGUGGCCUAACUAAGUCACCUGACAACAUGACAUGGUGGCCUAACUAAGUCACCUGACAACAUGUCUUGGUGGCCUAACUAAGUCACCUAACAACAUGACAUGGUGGCCUAACUAAGUCACCUGACAACAUGUCUUGGUGGCAUAACUAAGUCACCUGACAACAUGUCUUGGUGGCCUAACUAAGUCACCUGACAACAUGUCUUGGUGGCCUAUCUUAGUCACCUGACAACAUGUCUUGGUGGCCUAACUAAGUCACCUGACAACAUGUCUUGGUGGCCUAUCUUAGUCACCUGACAACAUGUCUUGGUGGCCUAUCUUAGUCACCUGACAACAUGUCUUGGUGGCAUAACUAAGUCACCUGACAACAUGUCUUGGUGGCAUAACUAAGUCACCUGACAACAUGUCUUGGUGGCAUAACUAAGUCACCUGACAACAUGUCUUGGUGGCAUAACUAAGUCACCUGACAACAUGUCUUGGUGGCAUAACUAAGUCACCUGACAACAUGUCUUGGUGGCAUAACUAAGUCACCUGACAACAUGUCAUGGUGGCCUAACUUAGUCACCUGACAACAUGUCUUGGUGGCAUAACUAAGUCACCUAACAACAUGUCUUGGUGGCAUAACUAAGUCACCUGACAACAUGUCUUGGUGGCCUAUCUAAGUCACCUGACAACAUGUCUUGGUGGCAUAACUAAGUCACCUGACAACAUGUCUUGGUGGCCUAUCUUAGUCACCUGACAACAUGUCUUGGUGGCCUAUCUUAGUCACCUGACAACAUGUCUUGGUGGCCUAUCUUAGUCACCUGACAACAUGUCUUGGUGGCAUAACUAAGUCACCUGACAACAUGUCUUGGUGGUAAAACUUAGUCAGCAGACAACAUGUUACUAACUAAGUCAUGGUGUUAUAUUAAUUCAGAUCUUUAUUGUGAUAAAGACAAUCUGUUUACUGAUUGCCGACCUUAACUGUGAUAAUAGAAUCUAAAAAAUGGGCAUGUUUAAAUAGAAAUGCUUGACAAAUUUCAUUGUUGUUAUUUAUAAUCUUCAGCCUUAACCAGGCUUAGUAUCAAAUUGUGAAAGAAAUUAUAUUUAUAAUAUAGAUAUCAGCAGCUAUUGUAACAUCUCAUUGCAGUUUUAUCAUUUAUUGAAGUUAUAUCAUUUGAAAUUUAUCUUAGAAUUGAUUCUUGUUCCAGUUAUGUUGAUAAUGUAUUAGUACAGAACCAUUAUACUAAACUGUUUAAAACAUAUGAUAACUACUUCUACUCAAUGCUGUUCAUGUUUAUUGCAAGAGUAAUGUCCCUUCCCAAAGUUGUUUAUGUAUUUGGUUGGUUUUGUGGAUGUCUUCCAUUUGUUUGAUAAUCAGUGUUAAAAAUGAUUUGCCUCAAUUCAAUGAUUCUUUGUUGAUAUUUUAGUUUUGUUUUGUUUAUUUACCGUGAAGAAUAGUUAUGGUUUCAUUAACACCAGUUGGAGAGUUAUGCCUUAAUUUCUGAUUUCGAAAGUUGUUUGUGCAGAAAAUAUUUUGUUGAUGUUUUUGAGAUGCUUGUUUAUCUAUUUUUAUUUUAUUUUUUUCUCAAGGCAUCCUACAAUGUAUCAGAAAUCUCCCUGAUGGCUGUACUCCUGUAGCCAAAUAUGGUUAAGGCUGAAUUGCAUUUCAAUCUUGGAGUUUCGUCCCCUUCCAAUUUUUCAAACGUCUUUUUUUUUUGUUAAUAUUUCCUUCAUUUUCCUUCAGUUGUUUGAUAAUCAAUGUCAAUUUACUAAAAUUGUGUUUUUGCGUUGUAUUUGAUUAAAUGACUCCUGACAAUUAACUCAAAAACAUUGAGAUAUGUAGUGUAAUUAAUGACAACAGUAGCAGUGUUAUGACCACUCUCAUCAAAGUUAAUGAUGUCAAAUGUAACUUAUUCAAAAUCUAUAUAUUGAUGAGCUGUGAAUGUAAAUCUUGGCUUAAUUAACCAACACCCAUUAAAAUUAUACAGCAUCAUUUAAUCUCAAAGUAUAUAUACUCACUGAGAUAAUGAGAGUUAUAUCAAAAUUGAUGAAAUACAUAGAACAAGAGACCUAUUCACUAGGUAAAUGAGAACUUUUGUGGUGUCGCCCACUUGGUAUAUCAUAUACCGCUAGCAUAUAGCAAAGUGAAAUGAUUCUAAUAAUAAUAAUGUAUGGGAAAGUUAUAUCUUCAAACGUAUGGAGUUGUUUCCCUUCGUACCUGUUUACUUUUCUGAAAACUACAAGAUAUUGUUAGGAAGGGAGAUAACUCUUUCAGUGAGGUGAUUUACAAAUAGUACAUACUGUAAGGAAAGGAUGAUGUUUGUUGGGUUUUUUUUUCUCGAAAACGUCUGGUAGAAAGUUGGAAAAAAUAUAUAAUGGAUUUUUAUUUAUGCCAGAAAAUAAAUCUUACCAAAAUGUCACAUGGAAUCUCAUCACUUAAUUAUAAAUAUUACUCAUUUACCUUUAAUGAUUGUUUCCAAUUUUAGACUCUGUCAUAAAUGAGUUAUACCUAUAUCUUUUAUUAUAGUGCCUCUGUGUGUAUUGAUACUCAUUUCCUGUUCUGUUUUUUUUUCUUUUUCUUUUCUAUCAAUGAAAUUCAUUGAGGAAAGACUUUCAGCUUUAAGCUAGCUACAAUUACAAAUAAUACGCAUUUUUAGUGUCCGAUCAUUUUUUUUUUAUAUUUACAUUUUGUGCACAUGUAUUUACCUUUUGUUGAUAUUGUUAUGUAUAAAUCCCCAUACAAUCAUACAUGGAUACAUGUAUUUUUAAGUAUACAAGUUGUAUAUCACAAUAGCUGCUAUGUCCCAUAUAUUCUAUUAUUUUCAUUGGGAGUGUUAACCUUGUUGAAACUUAAUUUUACAUUGAAAAUAAAGAUGAUGAGCACUCUGCUUCCCUGAUGAGUGCUGUUCAAUACCAUUAAGGUAUCCAUCCUAUGGUUCCCUACCGACACUACGGAACUGAAUUCCUUACAGGGACGCUGAGCCUCCAACCGCCUGUUUUCUAUUUUACAUUGUGUGCAUUUUAUUGUACACCAUUUUUGAAUAUUUAUUUUUGAACUUCAUUUACAUGUUUAAGGGAUUUCUUGCAAAAGCAUAUUACAGAUAUUGUUUUUUAAUGAAUAAUUAUUCAUAUAUCUUUUUAAUUAUGUGACUAUUUAAUUAUUUACUUUAUAUGCUUAGAUAAACAUGUGAUUGUUUAAUUGCUUAUCCAUUAUAUCAGAUAAACAAUAUAAUUAUCCAAUUAUUAAUUUUUAUAGAAGAAAUAUAAGUAUUUAAUUAAUAUAUAUUUAAUUAUUUAUUUUAUUUACUGGUACAAUGGUAAGCUAAAUUCAAAUACAUGUAGUUUCAUUUCUCCAUUCUUUCCAUGAAUUCCAAAAACAUGUGUAUUUUCCCAUUUAAAUUGAGUGCUUUGCUUUAAACCAAUGUUUCCAUCACAUGUUAUACUAUUUUGUUUGGUAGAUCCCUUUGUCAUAAUGAUAUGAUCAUAAUUUCAUUGUUAGUUACAUAUUUUUGUUGCAUUAUUCACCAUUUGUCAAAAUAAUCAGAAUUUUUCUCUAAUUUACUUACCAAUAUCAGUCAGUAGACAAAUACAAACAUUUUACGUAUGGUACUUUUAUUUUUUUUAAGCACAGAAAAAAAAACUUUUUUUUAGACUUUUCAGAACCUUGACAGCAUUUCGUAGUACAUAUAUGUAAUAAAAGGAAGUGUCUUUACUAAUUCUUUCUGAUAUAAAAGGCAUUUUACCAACAUAUCACAUUUGUAAAACAAAUUUAAAUAUUCUCUAUCCCCACAGUAUACUGUAAAAUUAAACCUAUCAGCAUAAUACAAUGUAGGUGUUUCAAACAUUUUUACUUUACUGACAGUGUUUGUUAUAUUUAUCGUUUGAAAUGUUGUGGUUACUGGAAAGUUGUUUGGCUGUUAUCAAAGAAGACACUAUAUACCUCAUAAUAAUCGAUGUGUUUUAGCAAAGUUUGUAUGGCAUUGAGUGGCUAGUCAGUGAAAUAGUUUCACAGAAAUGGAGUUUGUUUUUUAACACAGUGUGUGUUCUAGAUUAAGAGGUAUAAUUACAUUAUAAGUCCCCUACCGGUGAGACCAAGGGGACUAUAGGUUUCCUCCCCUUCCGUCUGUCCAUGUGUCCGGCUGUGUCUGUCCGUCAGCCUGUCCACUCAGUUUUCUGCACUUUUCUCAGCCAUGCUUCAAGGUUUGUUAGUGAAAGUUGGUAACUAACUUCAGUAUGAGUAGCUUCCGAUCAAAAUCGAGUUUCAGUGUUUUUAGGUCAAGGUCAAGGUCACUGUUUAUAGCGGAGUCAGGUAGGGGACUUGUAUUGCUUUAGCUAUACCCAGCAUGCUUGUUUUUACUUAUUCUGUUUUUUUAAGACUUAAUUUGACCACAUGGAGGUGAUUUUGCCUUUCAACAAUAGUACCUGGUGUAAUGUUUUAAAAAAGUGUCAAAAGAAGAGAAACACAGUCACUCAAUGUCUAACCAUAUUGUAUGUAUAACAUCCUUGAAGGCUAGAGAAAAUCAAAAUUAUUUGGUGAUUCAAAUAUGAUUUUUUUUCUGCCAUUAUGAUCAAAUUUGGAUAUUUUUGAAAACAUGUUUGUUGGAAAAUAUUGCCCAUUCUUUUUUACAUUCCAUAUCUAAGAAAUGAUUGGUUAAAAGGGUAUUAUACAGUGACUUGUCAUAGAUAGUACUAGACUUAAUUCCCUUGCUUCCUAUAUUGGAGAAUAUUUUGAAUAAUUUUCACAAUAUUUUAUUCAAAAGUGUAAACAACAUUUUGCUAUUUCCUUUAAAAGUAUUACAAACACAAAAUGAUCAAAGCAUUAUACAUGUAAGUAAUUAUCAAGUAUUUAUUAGAAUGAUUUCAAGCACUGAUUUGGGAUAAAGUAAAGCUGUCUGACAGUUUCAUUUUCAUGCAUCAAUUUAGGGACCUCCUGGACAUCGUUUUAGGACAAAAUUUUUGUUACCUAAAAUAUACAUAUACAAGUUGUUUUCAUCAGUUCGACCUCCAAAAAGAACCUGUACAAAAAACAUGUUAUUUAACGUUUUUGUGUGGAACUCUUUUGAGAUAGUCACUUUUGGUGGGAUACCUCCUUAAGUAUUGUUGGAAAAGUGAGUAAGUAAACAAUGGAAUGGAGAACUGUUCCUUACUAUAAAAUCUGUUAUUACAGGGAUGUAUGGUAUGAGACUCAUUAUGAGACUCAUUAUGAGACUCAUCAAUAUCCCCUGUUUGUAUGUCAACUUUCAAGGUAUAGGGUCAUGUUGACUAUAAUAUUAAAUGGUUGUAGACUUUGGACCUAACAUAAAUAUUGCAGAUAUGUUGAGCGAAUUAAAAUAUUUUAAAGAA